CUCUCUAUCCCUCCCUCCCUCAUCCUCCCAUCACACUGGGCGUUGCCUGGCUGCCUAUAAAUUCUUGAAUACACUUCCAGUGAGCCCCUGCUCUCUUCACUGAUCAUCUCAGACCACAGUUUCUGCCUCUUUGUGUCCGGCACCCAUUUCUGCAGCCAUGACUGAGUUGGAGAAGUGCAUGGAGUCUCUGAUUGUCAUUUUCCACCAGUAUGCCCAUCAAGACGGUGAUGGGAAGACCUUAAACAAGAAGGAACUGAGAAAACUGGUUGAGAAUGAGCUACCCACCUUCCUCACAAAGAACCCCAAAAUUCUCGACCGCAUCAUGAAAGAUUUGGACCAAAACAAAGAUGAUAAACUGGACUUUGAAGAGUUUCUUCCACUGAUCGCCGGGCUCUCAAUGGCCUGUGAGAAGUGUUACAUGCUCAAUGAGAAGAAGGGCAAGAAGUGAUGGGCUAAUACUCAUGCUGAUUUCUUUUUUCUUUUUUUUUUUUUUAGGAGUAAGAGCAUUUUGUAGCAUGAGUGUGUGUCAGCUUCACAAUUAAAAGCUGCCUUUGAAAAGAUUUCACCUUCGGUUUGUCUUAUUGCUCUUUUAGUCUGUUUGGUAGAAAAAUGUUUUUGUUAUUUUUUCUGACUCUUGACAAAGCUUUCCUCUGGCUGCAUACUGUUUCAUACGCGCUGUGCCAUCUAUUUCUUGCACAUGUGGAACCAUUAUAGUUGAGAGGAGUUGCCAGAAAAAUGCCCCAGAAAGUGAAUAUUGAUGCGUUCGCAUCUGAAACGCAUCAUUUCACCCAUAAAAAAUGUUCAGUUGUGGCAGCAGGUUUUUUUUUCACAAUAUAUAAAUGGUUCAAUAUGGGAAUGUGCUGAUAGCAGAUGAAACCUGGGUGCAGCACACAUGCUUGUAUGUCAUGAGUUGUGCCAAAUAAACAUGCUUAUAAGUGCGUACGACAUUGGAUGGGGUUUGGAGGUUUGUGGUUUUUGCAGACGGCAGAGUUUCUCUCCUGGCCCUCCUCCAGUUUGGAUAACAAAUUCCUUUCAACUUCUGUGCACAUUCUACUGUCAUUUCACACAAGAAGCACGGUCAGGAUUUUCAUUGCAAACGUGAAGAUCCCUGAAGGGACUGAACCCCACAUGUACCAGGCAACAUGGAAAUCUACAGAUGUAGUCAUGUGUUCGUCCAUCUCGUUUUUCCUCUCCUCCCCUGCAAGGUGAAUCUGAUAGUAUUCAAUAAGCGAAAGUAAUACGGCCAAAGUGUAGAGAGGCUGGCGCGAAACAGUUCGCUCUGACCUGUAAAGGGGUUUGGCAGGGGGCAAGAGAGGGGAAGAGAAGAAGAAAACGCUGCCCUACUGCUGCCUCAGUUUUGCCAGAAGCCUACAGGUGUUUUGAUUUGUAAUAUUACAAAAAGCACCAGCGUUACUCAUAAUAUUUCAACAAUACCACGUCAUCUGCCUUUAAUACUGUUGCUCCGUUAAAGGUUAUAGAAGAAGUCAACCGACAGAAUCACUCCAUGGUUGAGACAUAACAGUGUUAAUGAGAUUAAGAGAAUCUGUCGAGCAGCUGAAAGAAAAUGGAGGAAAUCUGGGCUCACAGUUCACUGUAAUAUCUACAAAGAAUCCAUGCCUGUCUGUAAUUUAAUUAUGUCUGGCAAGAAAGGAUUACCUUUCCAAGAUUAUUACAGAGAAUAUUGAGAUAAUAUUCUCCACCAUUGACCAGCUACUCAACACUGCCCCCACCUGUCGGCAGUUCUCUACAUCAAACUGUGAGGAACUUGUGUCAUCCAUCAAUAACAAAAUAACCUUAACCAGGAUCUGCAUUGCUGCAGAUGUUAACACAGAUGAGCUCAGUAAACCCUGUAAAAAGAUGUAACCAUGGGAAAAUUUACCUGUAUCGCAUUAAUUGAGCUCUGCAAGACUGUUACAGAGUCCACCUCCUGUGUUGACCUUGUACCUACAGCUUUUUUAAAGCUGGUGUUUGAAGGUGUUUCAAGCUGUUUGCUUAAGAUUAUAAAUGCAUCUCUGCAAACAGGCAUCUUCCCAGACGACUCUUAAACAGUUGCUGUAAAUCCAUUACUAAAGAAACCCAACCUAGAUGGUAACACACUCGCUAACUAUAGGCCGAUUUCCAACCUUCCAUUCAACAGCAAGUUAAAACAAUAGUUGUGGUAUGAACAUUUGUGAAUCAAAAAGAUGCUGAAAAACAAAUUCAUGCCAUUACUUUAAGCUGACUCGAUUACUGUAAAGAAAAAUUUACUGGCCUCCCAAAAUAACACUGAAAAACUUCAGGUCAUUCAAAACUGCAGCUCGGCUAUUAACCAGAACCAAGAGGAGAGAGCACUUUAGUUUAAGUUUAUUUCAAUAUUUACUCAAUUAUUCAGUGGUUUAAAUUUAAAUUUUAUGCUAUGCAAUUCUCUUUGUUUUCAUCAUUAUUCUAUCUUAUAUUUACUAUUAUUAUCAAGUGGGUUUUAUUCUCUUUCUUAUAUCUCUUUUACAGUAAUUUCUUUAUCCUUGUUUGUGAGUUUAUUCUAAGUCUUUUUUAUGUGAAGGACUUGGUGCAUGUGAUUUCUUUUUAGAGCACUCUGAGCUGCAUUUCUUGUAUGAGGGGCGCUAUACAAAUACAUAUAUUUUGUUAUUAUUGCAUAAACAGUGUCUUUGUUCUGUCCCAGUAGGACGUGGCUGCAUGAAAUCAAAGCAGCUAAAUGGAAUUUUCCUGCUGUCUCAAGUCAGUCAUUAAUUAACAUGCAGUCCAUCAGUGCUGUUGGACAGACAGUGCAGAGUGAGUGCUGCAGCACACCACAGGUGAGAGGAAAUUUAAAUGUCAGCAACAACGGAGCACCACCUGCUUUACAAAUAAGAUACAACUAAAACAAAACAGUGAGGGCAAUCCCAGUUCUAGGCUAUUGAUUCACUGCUAAUUAACGACUAAAGGCAAGCAAGUAAGUUCUCUGGGAUUUUGGGAAUAGGAAGGCAAAUGGAUGCUAAAUAAGACACAACAAGUUAAAUAUCAAAAAGAUACUUACACUUAAAUGUACUUAAAUCUACUCUCUUGGGGAGUUGGUGGUCACAGUUCAACCAGCAUGUGUAGCCUUUAAUAAGGACGAAACAUUGCAACAACAAUGAAAAUUGUUGAUUUGGUCCUUUAAGCAGGGAGUGAUGUCUUUAAUUCACCUCUAGAUGUAGCCAAACUCUUAAAAACCAUUUUGACAGUCUGCCCAGAAACCAGUUCCACAGCUGAGGGAGGAAUGACCCUGUUUUAUAAGGGUGCUGGUUUCAGUGACGGUGCGUUAAACCAGAUUUGAACAUGCAAAUGCAAUAUCCACACUGUUUACCACGUCACGACAAAGAAAGAAAGAAAACACGUUGUUACAGGGUGUGGUUUAGUGUAGUGUGUUGUUAGUGUCAACAAGACAAGGUGCCUGUUGAUGAUGGUGCAGGAGUCGUCAUCAGCAGGCCACAUUGCUGCUGCACUACUGACCAGCUGGACAGAGCUCCCAGUUGGAUUUGCAGUUUAUAUGAUCAUUUAUAAUUGUUCCUACGAGAACAUUUGUCUUUUCUGAGCUGACGGUUGUGCCUACUCCCUUGUAAAACUUGCAAGAUAUGCAUUGCACUAAUUAACAUAAUUAUAGGGUCACCACUUAUGGCCUUCCCACUUCUGUUUGUGCAUACCAAAAUGCAGAGAAACCUGUAGUCCACACCCAUGCAUUUGAGAAAAAAUGUAAUUCUUUUCACUGCUGUGAGGCUCUGUUUUUGUGUGGCUUUUGAAAAAGAUGUCACUGUUAUGACUUUAUCUGCAGUUCCUUUUUGCUUUUCAGGUGGAUUAUUUUGAUUAUGAGGAGAAAAUAGCCACAGCAGCGUGCGACUGUUAGAUCACAUAGAAUAAUGUAUCACAUAUCUUUAAGCAAUGUCUUUAAAACAUUUACGUCUGAGACCGAAUGGUUAUUUCAAGGAAGGAGUGCAAAGCUAUUUCUAUUGACUGAGAAGCUAUUUCUAUUUUUCAUGUUCAUGGUGCAAACUUACCACUGCAGAGGCACACAGCCUCUCCAGCAGUGAACGUGUAACUCACACCUCAGCGAGCAGAGUGUGGAAAGAUGAACUUUUUUGUAAUCAGUCAUGUGUUCGUCCAUCUCGUUUUUCCUCUCCUCCCCUGCAAGGUGAAUCUGAUAGUAUUCAAUAAGCGAAAGUAAUACGGCCAAAGUGCAGAGAGGCUGGCGCUAAACAGUUCGCUCUGACCUGUAAAGGGGUUUGGCAGGGGGCAAGAGAGGCGAAGAGAAGAAGAAAACGCUGCCCUACUGCUGCCUCAGACGAGUGGAAAAUGGAGGUUGAUUUACAUAACAGGAUUAACAGGAGUGACUUGUGUCAGAUCAGAGAUUUUCAAGUUCACAGGUUAAUUUUAUUUACUUCAGUUGACCUAAAGCAGGAUGUUCACAGAUACCAUCAGUUAAAGUUAGAAACAUGCAUUCGAAAGCAAAUUCAGCUGUAUUCAAAUACCAGAUAUAAAAUACAUGUAUAAAACUGACAUUGUUGGCUUGCACACACUUUUCCGUCUUAGCUACUUAAAAGCCAGAGUUUUUUAAAUACAAAAAAUGAAGCGUUUAACAUCGUGGUGAUAGCUGGAGUGGCAUGAAGCUCUGUUUUCAUAGUAUCAUCCCUGCCCGCAUUUGCAAAACAAAUAAAGGAUGAAAUGAAAUAUAGCCCUGUGGAUGUAGAACAUUAGCAAAGCCCUAGGGCAGUAUAACACCUGCACACGCAAACAUAGAGACUCCUCUGAACAAACACACAAGCAACGUCAGCAAGUGCCAGCAUUUGUUGUACACAACACAGACAUAAACAUCUCUAGUUAAUAUUUUCUGUAGUGUGCAGUAGUUGUGUGACAGAACUGAUGGAGCUAGUUUGGGUGGAGUAGGGAACAUUUCCAAAGCAUGAAUCAUUGCUGGUGUGUGUGCCUCUCACGCCACUAUGCGUGUGAUCCUGUGUGUGUGUUUGUGGAUGGGUGUGUGCACGUCUGACAGCGUGUGUGUCGACUCUUUAAGAGGAGGCUUUCCCCUCAGUCAACAGUCUCACCUGGGACCGCUGACACGGACGUGAUCUCUCUUCACCUGGUGAACGUGAACUAGAAGCUACAGCCAUGCCUCGUCUGGAUGAGGUCAUUACAAACCUCGUGGAUGUAUUUUUGGAGUAUUCUGGUGAUGAACAAACGAAGAUAAGCAGAGAAGCAAUGAAGAAUGUGUUGGAUCAAGAAACACAAAGCCCUGAAUUCAGAGAAAAAAUAAAUGCAGAUGACAUUGAGGAAGCCAUGAAAAUCAUCGAUAAAAACCGUGACGACGAGGUCAACUUCAGAGAGUUUACUCGGUUUGUGUUAAUCCUGGCCAGAUCCCACUACUGCAAAAGGACCGGCAAGACUUGCAAGCCCAAGGGUGGCAAGGGAGGCAAGGGAGGCAAGGGAGGAAGGGGAGGAAAGGGAGGCAAAGGUGGCAGAGGUGCCAGGAGAGGCCAAGGUGACGAAGAGGGUGGUGAAGAAGAAGAAGACGAGGAAGAAGAAGGUGAAGAAGAAGCAGAGGAAGACUAAAGAAGAUUAGCUACGACUCCUUGAAUGUGUAUGAAUGCUUCUAAAAACAUUUUAUAUAUGUGACAGAUGUAUGUUAUUACACUGCUGACCUUGAAAACAGAUGCUACCGGUGUUUGGAAAGCUCAAGCCUGUUAUGUUUGAAACAUGCACCGAAAAUGGGACAUUCGUUGUAUCUGUGUCAACUGGUUUUCAAAGAACAUUCUAUUCCUGAAAAUAAAAAGCAGUGACGAAGUGUGA